AUGGACUACAGCGCCUCCAUCCACCAGGACAAUGAACACUCGGGCGGCGACCCGUGGGGUUCGCCUGAGACCUCGCCGCAGCAACCCCAGCGCACCGGCGGUUUCGGUGCUGGCGGCGUGGGCGGUGAUCCGUCCCAGUCGCCGUACCAACGACCCUUUACGGCGUCGAGCAGCGGUCUGAGUGGCAGCGACCGCGACGACUUUUUGGGUGGCGGCGACGACAAUGGCGGGUUUGGCACAGGUGCAGGCGACGCCGCAGACUAUCGUCGGCCAGGAACGGCGAGCAGCACGCAGUCGACCUCCAAUGCCGAUAGCGUGUCCGACGCGACAGCGGCCGGUGGUGCCGACGACUAUUCGUACCAACAGCAGCAGCAUAACGACCAGCACUCGCCCUUGCCGCCAAACCCCGCCAAUCCAUCGGCCGUUGGCCAGCAAGGUGAUUCACAGCUGAAGCAGCAGCAGCAGCAGCAGCAACAACAACAACAACAGCAGCCGCAACGGCCGCCGCAACCACAGUACAAGCUGCAGGUCAAGAUUACGGCGCUAGAGCGGAGCGCAAAGAAAGACCCGAUCUUCCGCUUUGAUGUUCAUACGAACAUUCCCCGCUUCCGUACCACCCAAUACCGCGACGUGCGCCGCCUGCACUCCGAGUUUGAGAAGCUGGCGGAGCAUCUCAUCUCAGCGAAUCCCGAAGCCCUCGUGCCUGCCGUCCCUGGGCCCGUGACGUCCGCAGGCGCCGGCACCGACGAAGAUGAGGCUCGCGUCAAGGCCCAGAUGCAGCGCUGGUUCAAUUAUGUCUGCAGCAACGAAGUGCUCAUUCGCGACGAAGAGAUGGUCCUUUUUGUUGAGAGCGACUUUGGUUAUAGCCCCAUGGUCAAAAAGAAGCAACCCGCCACCGGCGUGCGCCGCAAGAUUCUCAAGCAGUUCGCCCCGCCCGCAGACGACACCCCUGAACUGCAGGCGGCCCGUCCUACCGUGAAGCUCUUCUACCUGGGCACCAUGGAUGCCUGCCACAAGGUCGACAAGCUCGUCAAGGCUCGCCGCGGCCUUGGCCUGGCCGAGUCCGAUUUUGGUGUCAAGCUCGGUGCUAUGAAUGUUCAGGAACCCCACCAGGGCUUGGCCAAUGCCUACCGCAAGCUCGGCAAGAUCCUCCAGACCGCCGGCGACUACCAGGCCGUCCAGGCCACCGCCGAGGCCACUACGAUUGGCGACCCCUUCGAGUACCACUCCUCGGAUGCCCUCAUCUUCAAGGAAACCCUCACCAACCGCCAGCUGCUCAUCCGCGAGCUGCUCCAGGCCCAAGAGACCACCCGCGGCCGCCUCAACGCUACCGACCGUCUCAAGAACAGCUCCAACGUCCGCCGUGAAAAGGUGGACGAGGCCAUCACCGCACUCGACGACGCCCGCCAGAACGAGGCCGAGCUUAUCCAAAAGACCACCCGCGUCACCGCCAAUCUCGUCCAGGAACGUCGCCGCUGGUUUACACGUACGUCUGCCGACCUUCGCUUGAGCAUCCGCGAGCUUGUCAUUCGCGAGAUCGAGGCCGAGCGCCGCUCGCUGUCCUUGCUCGAGAGCGUCCGCGCCGACAUCCGCAGCAUCGACGGGUCAGGCGGCCUGAGCCGCCUCGGUCGCGAGUCGCACCCAACAAAUGUCCGUCGUACCAGCCUGGCCGCAAGCCAAGGGCCCAAGGGCGACGCGUGGAGCGGUGUUCCGCGCCGCUCCGAUGCUGUCCUGGCACGGGCGCCGGCUGGAGGUGACGAUGGUGAAGGCACCGGUGGCCUGGGCAGCCCGACGGACGAGUACGAUCCCAGCUCGGGCAUGCUGCGUCCCGCAAGCAUACCGGGUGUCAUUAACGAGGAGGAGGAGGACGACGACCGGGUGGACGCACGCAAUGCUGCCAGCCGGCUGGCUUCGAGCACGUUCUAA